ACAUGUGGCGGUUGCGCAAAAAGUUAUCGCCAAAUUUUAUGAACCAUUUUAUUGACACAUUGUUCCUAAAAUCGAGUAACCUCAACAAGUCUUUUGAACAUUGUGAUUGUGCUCGAAAAUGAGGGUAGCCAUAAUUUUUCUUAUACACUUUGCUAAUAUCCUUACAGCUUUUGAUAUAAAAGACCACCCAAAUUGGCAUUUACUCGAUCACGAGCAUUGUGGUGAAAGUCUAUCAGACAGAAUAAUUGGUGGUGCAUCUGCUACUUUAGGGCAGUUUCCCUGGGUAGCUCGUCUCGGCUAUCAGCCGCAUUUCCCACGUUUCAGUUUACCAGUUUUCAAGUGUGGCGGCUCUCUUAUAAGCAAUUUUUAUGUGGUUACAGCAGCCCAUUGUGUGGCACAUUUGAGGAACGAAGAUUUAGCUUUGAUACGACUUGGCGAAUUAAAUGCGAUUACUGACGUAGACUGUGAAAAUAAUGUGUGUGCACCACCGGUUCAAGAUUUUAGACCAGCAAAACAGUUUUAUCACGAAAACUAUGGGAAUCCAAAAAUGAGACAUGACAUCGCCUUGAUUAGACUGGAUCAUCCUGCUAAAAUUCACAGUUAUGUGUUGCCUAUUUGCUUGCCGCAAGGCCCCCUUCUGAACAAAGACUACGAGGGCACCACUAUGGAAGUGGCCGGAUGGGGUGUAAACGAUGUGGAAACUGGUGCAUCCAGUGCUGUGUUGCUGCACGUUCGUGUUCCCAUUAUUAAGCCCGAAAUGUGUGAACAAUCCGUUGGUCAUUUUGCAACAGUUAGCGAGAACCAAUUCUGUGCUGGGGGUCAGAUCGGUUAUGAUUCCUGUGGAGGAGAUUCAGGUGGUCCCCUAAUGAAACCCGAAGCUGUGGACGGUCCACCGCGCUACUUCUUAAUUGGAGUUGUUUCUUUUGGAAGCACAAAUUGUGGAAGUAACGUUCCAGCCAUUUACACAAAUGUGGCGCGUUAUGUAAAAUGGAUUUUAGAUAAUAUCGAACCUUGAUUAGGCGAUUUGUACCCACUCCACUGUAUUCUUUAAUACGUGAAUAAAGGAAUUUCUUGAUAAAACUGAAA